ACGAACGUAAAACCCGAAAGACUUGACAAAAUUUAUUUUUUAAAUUAUUUUUUUUUAACAUAAAUCACAGAAAUUUGAAUUUUUGAACAAAUUUUAAUCGAUUAGUAACAAUUAAAAUGCAAUUUUAGUGAAAUUUAGUGCAAUUAAAUUAGAGCAAAAGAGUAACAAAGCAAUGUUUACAUUAAAAUUAAUAUUUUUGUUAAGCACAUCCGUCAGCGUAAUUCGAGCUGACACAAAAAUAAAAAGUUGUUGUGGCGAGCAAUAUCGAAAUUUCACUGGAACAAAGUGUAUUGCUGCGGAUUUUUCGCAAUAUCUGCCGGAUUUGCGAUGCGACAACUUUGUUUUGCUCGCUGAACGGAUCGGCGAUGACGAAUAUGACGGUUAUGAUGGCACCGCGUGCAAUGUCAACUAUACGAUCGAGCCAGGUAGAGAGGAGACAUUGACCGUUGUGUGUGAAGAGGAGCCCGUACAGUCGUUCAUCAUGUACUUGUUCCCUGUCUCGACACUUUUCUUGUUGGCGACCAUCGGGGUUUACCUCAAAACUCGGAGUUACAAAUUGGGACAAGAUGUUGCCGUAAUUGUCGUUUGCGUGUGUCUCGCUGCGGUAUUGAUCAUUCGAAUAAUGUUCCUGCUGAAUUUGGAUUCCGAUACUUUCUAUGCGUUGGAUGAAUAUGUGGGCAAAUUUGCUCUAAUUGCGUACUUUGCAUGGCUUAAUAUUCUCAUGGCGCAUUGUUUGGUGAAACUUAUAUACGAUACUGACGUCGAAAUUUCGCCCAUUGUGACUCAUUUUUACGGAUGGAUCGUUCCUACCUUCGUCAUUUACUUGAAUUGCAUCCAAGCUUUCGGAGAUCAUUCUGCUGAUUGGCUUGCCCGUGAAUGGUAUUACAAAUAUUUGCCGAUAACUGUGCUUUGGUGCAUCAAUUUAGCCCUCUUCGUGGUCCUGACAUUCCAUAUAAUCGCCCGAAACUUAAGAACUUCUUCCGCAAAUCGUCAACAAAGCAUCUCAUGGCAAUUUUUCCGGUUGAUCCUGCUCGCAAGUAUUUGGUUCACGUGGCUUUUUGAGAUUUUGUCAGCAAAAUAUCCGGAAAUAGCGCCCAAUUUCUGGCAUGCGAUGGAUGUUUUGAAUGCCUCGCAUGGCGUUAUUGUCUUUGUUGUGAUGGUAAUUUGUCGCAAAAGUAUUUGCUCGAAAAUCAUGGGACGAAGUCGGAAUUGGUCGACGUUUAGCAAUAGCAGAGAUGACUUGUCGCAGCGAUAUUUCAUCCAUAAUUUGAAUAAUGUGAUUCUUACCGUGUCGCACGACGUAGAUUUGCACGGAGGCAAUAGCAAGAAACUUUGAACGUUACGAGAAAAACCUGUUUUUCGUAUAAAAUUUUUAUAAAUUAUUAUUUUAGUAGAGAAAAGAUCUAAAAAUAAAAACGGAAGCGUCUUACCAAGCU